AUGCAGUGGCCUACGCCUGCACUCUUCAUUCUAGCGCUCGCUCCCCUUAGCGGUGCGCUAAUUCGAUUCCAAUGCUCCCAACUAGUAGUUCAAAGACUGGACCCCUUGGUUAACCCGGGGAUGAUUCCAGCUGCCCAUGUGCAUCAAAUCGUUGGCGGGAACUCAUUCAAUGCUACGAUGGAUCCUAAGAAGGAUAUGCCCGGAGAAUCAACCUGUACAACCUGCUCGUUUAGCGAGGACUUCUCGAACUAUUGGACUGCUGUCCUUUACUUCCAAGCAAAGAACGGCACCUUCAAGCGCGUUCCUCAGACCUCCCAGAUUGGCGGUGGUGUUGGUGGUAUUACCGUCUACUACAUGCAGGAUGCCCUGUAUGACACAGCACAAAAGUCCAAGGUUACGGCCUUCAAACCUGGUUUCCGCAUGUUUGUUGGAGAUGUUUAUGCCCGUACUAAAGCAGAAGUCGCCCAGUUCCGUCAACUAACCUACACCUGCAUGGAGAACCAAGGCACUCGCGCCCCAGAGACUCUUGAUUUCCCUAAUAAGCCCUGCAAGGCCGGUAUUAUGGUUAACGCCCGCUUCCCAACCUGUUGGGAUGGCAAGAACCUCGAUAGCCCCGACCACAUGGCGCACAUGGCCUAUCCUGCAUCUGGAACCUUCGAGAGCGGUGGUCCCUGCCCCUCCACUCAUCCCGUACGCAUGUCUCAGGUACUAUUUGAGGUUGUCUGGGAUACAUCGAAGUUCAAUAACAAGGCUGACUGGCCUGAUGAUGGAAGACAGCCGUUUGUCUGGUCGUUCGGUGAUGCGACUGGUUAUGCCAACCACGCUGAUUACGUAUUUGGUUGGAAGGGUGACGCUCUUCAGAAGAUCUUAGAUACUCCUUGCGUUGUUAACUGCGCUGGUGCUAAGACGCAAACGACUGCAAAUAUGAACAAGUGUGUGCAAAAGGCGGUAGUUGGGGAAGACAUAGACGGAUGGCUCACAGAACUUCCUGGCGGACACAAGGUCCAAUACGGCCCAUCCUCUUAG